AUAGGUACAAGAUUAUCUGAUUGCCUGCUUCGCACCUGAAUAACAGAGCCACACCAUAGAUGGAGAAUAUUCAAGUGUGACUAUGCAAGAUAUAGGAGUAUCUGAUUGUCUACUUCUGUGCUGUAUGCGAACCAUAUGCCGUACAUAGGACAUAUUGAGAUAUUAACCUGAUAAAUAUUUGAAUAGGGGGAAAAUUCUAAUUAUGUAACAUAUUUCGAUUUGACAUCUACUGAUCUUAUUUAGGGUAUGUAGCAUAUGUGUGGUGUCAUAGAAUUCGCUGAAGUUCAGGCUACUGUGCAACUACUUUUCGAACUCACUCUCAACCUCACCUCCCCCUCUCUCCCCCUCUCCCCCUCUCCUCCCACACACGAAUUACCUUGUACAUGUGUCUGGUGCAUCUAUUUAGAAUAUAAUUCACUGCGAACUGAUAACAAGACUACUAUAUUGAGUUCGCAGCGAACUUAUAUACCUAAAUACCUGGAAGAAUAUAUAUACCUUAUACGUAAUUCACAUACAUAUAUGUUUGAUUAUACAUAAAUACAGAAAGUAUUUCGCUGCGAACUGAUAAUAAGACUACUAUAUUCUAAAUUCUAAUUAUGUAACAUAUUUCGAUUUGACAUCUACUGAUCUUAUUUAGGGUACGUAGGAUAUGUGUGGUGUCAUAGAAUUCGCUGAAGUUCAGGCUACUGUGCAACUACUUUUCGAACUCACUCUCAACCUCACCUUCCCCCUCUCCCCCUCUCCUCCCACACACGAAUUACCUUGUACAUGUGUCUGGUGCAUCUAUUUAGAAUAUAAUUCUCUGCGAACUGAUUACAAGACUACUAUAUUGAGUUCGCAGCGAACUUAUAUACCUAAAUACCUAAAUACCUAAAAACCUGGAAGAAUAUAUAUACCUUAUACAUAAUUCACAUACAUAUAUGUUUGAUUAUACAUACAUACAUACAGAAAGUAAUUCGCUGCGAACUGAUAACAAGACUACUAUAUUUGAGUUCGCAGCGAACUGAUAUUGUGCAUAGUAUGAUGUAAUCGAUGGUGCUGAUUCUGAAUGUGAGAGUCCAGAUGGCAACUAGUAUUUGGAGAUCCGUUUCUGUAAUUGCAGGUCUCCGAAAACAGUAAAGUAAUACGUCAUUCGAGAGAGAUUUCCAAGCGCUACAAAUCGCUGUAUUUGUCUUCUCAAAAUGUUACCGAUAAAUACUUAUUUGUACUCGGUUUUAGGUAAACGGGUUCCUACUACGGAUUUCUGUACGGAGCUGACAUAGAUGUCUUUUGAAUAACUUGAGAACCAAAAGAGACAGAGCGGUCGGGUUUUCAGCAUUUUGUAGGGAAGGCUUUACUCUAUCUUUGCAUAUGUUGUGUACGAAAAAUCUCGGUUUUCCCGGUGGUGUACCUGACUGAUGAAAAGCGAUGGGUUUACCAGAUUCUGAACCUGUGGUGGAUUUUUAGUUGUAACAUAGAGGCUAGAUAGCCCGAAGUGGCCUCUACAAUUUUGCAUAAGGUCGACCUCUCUAUCUGCUGUGGUCCUCGAACGGCAGUCAUUUUUGUGCGCCAAUCGUAAUUCGUUAUCAUUUCAUCGGGUAAAUGCCUGUCAUUCGAGAACCACAAGAGAUGGAGAGGUCGGCCAGAAUUGCAGAGACCACUUUGGACUAUCUAGCCACUACGUUACAAUUAAAACUUGUUGAUUAUGACAAUAAUUGCGCGGGGUUUCGGAAGCCCUUGUUGCAGGGAUACGUGCCCCAAAACCUUGCCACGGAUUCGGACUACGCAAAGCAUAGCUCAUAAAAACUUUUGGAAGUUCAGUUCAUCGAAAAAACUGAAGGAUAUAUGUAUUCAGGAGUCCUCCUAAAACUUAGUUUGAGGGCACAUAUAGGGGGAUGGAUCCCUCCCUUAACAGAAACUUUUGACAAUUAUGUACCUCAUCGUUUUCUUCAUCGUCAUCAAAAUCGGGUGUAUUAUCAAGAGAUAUCUUUACUAAUGUUUGACUUAAUCGCUCAUCAUCAUCUUCAUCGGUAUCCUCUGGUGAACUGUUAGCAUCGGACGUUGUUUUUAAUUAUUUUUUUCCUGUACCCUAAACUUAAACCGUUACAUACUAUUAGAUGUAGUUUAUGAGCAAACCAUAUUCGUUGAAUAUUUUGUCGAUUAUAGUUAUUAAACGAUGCGAUCAUAUUUGUGAAUCCUUCACAUGUGACAGAUGUAAUUUUAUCAAAUAUUUUCCAUUUCUUCAGCUAUGUUCGGUCCAAAGAGUCGCUUAUCAAAUUUUGAAAAGUAUAAGAUAACUUAUGUCAUCCCGAAUGUUGUAUCGAUGUAACGGCCUGUUAAAACACAAUGCGCAUUCAUUUUCUUAAAACCGGACGAAAAUUACGAUUUUACACAAAAAUAAAGACGCGCGGAUUUGUGAAACUUGAAUGUGACAUAAGUACGUCAGAAACCUGUCACUGAAAGUAUAAGUCCGAUCAUUACCAAACUUUUAGGAGAUGCUGAUUUUGUUAAAGUAUGAUAACGAAAUGUUUUGUUUGGGCUCUAUCCCGCAUAGUUUGUGAGAUGUCACCACAACUAUGACCAAAACGGAGCUAUUCGUAACUGCAAGGUUUCUCAGUAGUGAAACGUUGUGGAUGGCUCGGACUGGUCUUAAGCCGACGAAACACAUGUGACUAAAGGCUAAUAGAGCUAGAAGCUACAUUGAAUUUUUGAUAUUUUACUUUUCAAAUUAAUGGUCAGUGUCAAAAGUCCCAAAUUCGAAAAAGUCUCAUUAAUUUGCAUAAAGAUAUUUUUCUAACUGCAAAUCUAGGUCGAAUAUCAAAAUCGGACUCUAUUACACUCUGGCCACAUGUGUCUUGCAGCAAAUCUUGCAGCUACGGAACGGUGUUACGGUAAAAGUCCCUUUCGAGAUAUGAUGGACAGCAAAUCCAUUAACUUUUUCCAUGGACAGCAGAGUGUUUCCUUCAAAAUGGAAAUCCUCCAAUCUUUUCAUUUUUAGGCGUGCUAUAGGAUUUCCUAGCAGCUUUAGAAUUGGUUUCCGACGACUUUUUGUGACCUCAGAAAUGGGUGAAGAUUUACAUUGUCGACCACGAUUAAGCCGGUGAUGAUCUUUGUUUUUUAAAAAGGUUUCAAAAAUCUACUGAAAACCUAUACUACGUGAAAAAAGAUGCGGAAGAUAUCUGCUACGCAUAUUUCCAUCAUAAUCUACAGGAAGCAAAGUACAUUGGUGAUUGAAGUUAGGGUUAUUAGUUGUGUACUUGUGUUUUAUGUUAACCGGUUGCUCUUUAGUUCAAGUCGAAGAACCUUCUGGAUUCACCCUACAAAUCGCUUGGUGAUCCUUGAUCCCUGUUUUUGAAGAAUUAAUAGGACCGCUUAAUUAACGCAUAACUUCAUCAAAAAAAGCUUCAGAAAAUUUGAAUAGAAUAUGGUUUCUUAAUUCUGUAACCUUUUUCCGGGCAUACCGCUAAACAUUCUUUAUUUCAUGAAAAUCUUAAAAAGUUGACCUGUCGAAAACAUUUUACGUUCCAAUAAGAAAACAAAUCCAAAAAUUCUUUCAAUAACACCAGCAAAUAUAGGUCAGAAAAACGUUUAAGUGUCAACUUCAAGUACUUUUUUGUUUGCGCUAUAAUAAGUUAUAAUUAUGACCUUUGGAAUGAAAAACAAGUAAAUAAACACACAAACAUUUCAAAGGAAUCCAUAAUUUGAUUGAAAAAAUGAUGUUGUAUGAUUAUAAGCAAUUAUUGACAAUAGAAAUGGUAGGCAUAAACAAAACUCUGAAUACAUCACCCCAUAACAUAGAAAUAAAACACUAAAAAGAAAAAAAUUAAUCAUUAUUCUCACAUAAUAAACAGCAUUUUGUAUAUAAAGCUGACGAAACAGUCGUAGUUACUGCCACAUACAAAAACAUAGUUUAUUUGGUAGCACAAGCCGUUUAUCAAAAUGAAAAGUAUCAUGUCCGUUCUACUAGUAAGUGCAAUUCAUUAUCGUGGUUAAACCUUUGACACAUACAUGCUUUCUCAUAGCUGUAAACGAAAUCAUAGUCCAAUCUUCGAACUUCAUCCUACACUUGAUGUUUUCCUUUUAGCUUUUGAUUGCACUAUUUCAUUUCGGCUGUAAUACACCAAUCGGUCAACCACCAGGGCCACCCGGUUUACCUCCACCAACCGGACAACCACCGAGCGGCAAUAACGGUGGCGGUCAGAGUCCAACGCCUCCUCCAGGUUCAAACAGUGGAGGAAAUAACGGACAGAACGGAAAUGGUCAAAGCCCUUCACCUCCACCUCCACAAAUCGGUGGUAGUUUGCCUCCACCAACCGGACAACCACCCAGUGGCAAUAACAACAACAAUAAUGGUGAUGGUCAGAGUCCACCAACUCCUCCUCAAGGAAAUAAUGGACAGAACGGAAAUGCUCAAAGCCCUUCACCUCCACCUCCACAAAUCGGUGGUAGUUUGCCUCCACCAACCGGACAACCACCCAGUGGCAAUAACAACAACAAUAAUGGUGGUGGUAAGAGUCCACUACCACCUCCUCCUCAAGGUCCAAACAGGACAGGUUAG